GCGGUUAGUUAGAAUGUGGUUGUUUGUUAGGACUAUGUUCGGUAUUUCCUAGUUUGUGUGACUGCACAUCUAUUGGAUAUCAGUAAAUCACCUGCUGGACAUUUUAAUUGGAAAGAAAAUAAAAAAAAGCCAUACAGUAACAAGAAUAUGCCUAGUGUAACUACAACCAAUACUGUGAAUACAUCAGGAAUACGUUUAAUGCGUAAAACUUCCUGUACUACUGCUAAUCCUGCUACUACUACUUCUGGUGGUACCAAUGAUCAUCAACCAACUAAUUCAUCAUUUCAACAUAAUGCUGAUAGAAAAUCAUUAAGAGAUCAACCAAAUGUAGGCAAAUAUAAAUUAAUUCGUACACUUGGUCGUGGUAAUUUUGCUAAAGUUAAAUUAGCUCAACAUGUUUCUACUGGACGUGAGGUUGCUGUAAAAGUGAUUGAUAAAACACAGUUAAAUCAAGCCAGUUUAAAAAAACUAUUUCGUGAAGUGAAUAUUAUGAAAAUGUUAAAUCAUCCAAAUAUUGUACGUUUAUAUGAAGUAAUUGAAUCUGAACGUCAUGUCUAUCUAGUCAUGGAAUAUGCUGAGAAUGUCAAAGUGAAAUUUUCAAAUCUUUUUUCAAAAAGUCAUCAUCUCACUGGCAUAGUUUUAUCACAUAGAUUUCAACUUAUUUCAUUUCGUUUUUUAAAUAAAACAUUUUCUUAUCGUAAACCACCUAAAGAUACUUCAAUUCAUUCCAAACCGAAAAUAAUCAUUACAGAAGCUGAAACUACCGCUACUACUAAUACUACUAGUACUACUAACAAUCAUAAAAUUUCAGAAAAUCAUACAAAUUCCAUUAUUGAUAUAUUAGACAAUAUGAAUAAUAAUCAUGAUGAUGAUGAUGAUCGACAAAGAUAUCCACAACAAAAACAAAAUCACCAUAUCAAUCGAUCAAGUAUGCCUUAUACAAUAUUCAAUAGUGAAGAUCAUAAAAAUCAGCAGAGAAAAAUGAAACAAACACAAAAAUUAUCAAUCAAUCAGCCCAAUCAUCAUCAUCAUUAUCAUCAUCAAAAGAGUGGUGAUAAUAAUAAUAAUCAUGCUAUGGAUGGAUCAUUGACUUUCACAGAUAGUCAUUCUUCAACGUGUGUGAAUGCAGCAGCAACAUCGUCGUCGUCCUCCUCCUCGUCGUCGUGUUCCUCUUAUUCUUCUUCUUCUUCAGGUACAUUGAAUUCUACAAAGAUUUCAGCAUCACCUGCAUCACCACCACAACAGCGACAACACAAUCAUCAUCAUAAACAAACCUCAUCACCUAGUCAUCGUCCAAUUGCGCUGCCUGAUUCCAUAUUCAAAGCACUUGAUACAUUGAAUACAAAUAAAAAUACUUCACAUGAUCAUGAUGAUACUACUGUUGAUAAGAAAAAGUCGAAUUCCAAAUCAUACAGUUUUAAAAUGCCUACAACAACAGCGACAACAACAGUGUCAAGUAAAAAAGAUUCUCUUGUUAAAUGGUCUGUACGUCAUCGACCUAAUAACAAUGUGGCAGCGGUGGACGCGACAACUAACAACAAUAAUAUCCCAUCAUCAAUGGUUGAAUCAAAACAAUUGACUAUAGCAGUAGUAGACAAGAAUCACAAGAAUCAAAAUGUUAAUUAUUCCACAGAUGUUCAUAAUCAUUCUUCUUCUGAUGAUUCUUCAAUGACAAUAGAAAAUCCAUCAACUGCGAUUUCAAAGAAUGAAUCAUCUAGUAGUGGUAGUCAAUCACGACCAGGACGAUUUUUGCGUAGUUUAACAUUGAGAUUAGUUCGAAGUCAUCAUACAAAUCGUCAUGCUAAUCGAAUUAUUUCUAGUAUGCGAAAACCCAAUAAUUCUAAUCCUACUAACACUAAACCACAUAAAUUGAGUUUGUUUAAAUCAAAACAGGAAGAAGAAGAAGCAACAGCAUUCGAUCCGUGUAAUCGAUUACACUCUUCUUCAUUAACACAUUCUACUGUAUCAUCAACAUCAUCACCAACAACACAAGCAAGAACAUCUGAACAUACAGUAGAACAUCGUGAUAAUGAUGAUGAUGAUGAUGAGACAAUGAAGUGUCUAGGAUCAACUAAUCCAGAUCCAUGGAUAAGUAUGGAAUCUGGAAAACACUCACAACAACAACACCAACAACACAGACAUAAAAUCUCUAAACAUUUCACAUCAAAAUCAAAACGAUCAUCAUCCAGUGAAUUAGGCAUUAGUUAUAUAAAACAGCAACAACAAUCUACUCCUCCUAUUCAUCAGCAUCAUCAACAUCAUGGUUUUGAAUUGUCCGCCAAUGAUACACCGGCUAAUAGCGAGUCGAUUGUCGUUGGUUGUACAGGCGACAAUGGUAGUGGUGAUUUUCAAAAAAAGACCGGAAUCGAACCGUAUUGCCUCCUCGAUCCUCCAACAUCGAAAACUCCAAUGAUUGUCAGUACCGACAUGCAUAGAUUGAAAGUUAGUACAACUCGAUUGUAUACAUCAGCAGCAACAACAACAACAACCUCAACACUGUCACCACUAGUAUCAACGAUCACCACAACCACUACAUCAAUGACAGACGACAACGCCACGAGAUCAUUAUCGCAUUGUACAACAAUAACAACAUCAACAACCACUACCUCACCGACUUUGUCACAAUGCUGUGACGAUGGGCAACCACCUCAACCACUAGUACCACAACCUCAACAGCAACCACAGCCACAACAGCAUAAAUUAUGGAAACCACGUCGUUUAUAUUUCAGUUUAACUCUACCUAUUAUUGAUCAUGAUCCAAAUGUAUUAUUUAUACAAUUAAUUCAUCUGUUGAAACAAUAUCAAUGCACUUAUGAAUUAUUAAAUUCAUAUCAUUUACGUUGUACAAAAUUAUUCUUAAUGACUAAUUCUUCUUCUUCUUGUUCUUACACCUCUUCUCCUCCUCCUCCUCCUCCUCGUCAAUCAACUUGUACUACAAUUCGCACAAAUUGUAAUGAUAAUCAAAGCAAUCCAAGUACUACUCUUAGUACUACUAGUAGUACUACUCCUACUACUACUAGUGCUAGUACUGCUGCUUCAACAUGUGAUUUAAUCCAUUGGGAUAUGGAAAUAUUCCAGUUAGCUAAACCAAUUGAUUAUGGUGUACGUUUUAAACGUAUUUCUGGCAGUCGACAUACAUUUAAAUUGAUUAGGAAAUAUUUUAUUCAUCAUUAUCAACGUCAUCAUCAUCAUUAA